GGGUGGCAGGGAGGCGUUUUCUGGGUACCGGGGAAGGACAGCACUUCCCCAGGAGCAGCAGUACCUUGGACCGACCCAGGCUGCUGUGAGGAAGAGCACUGGAGGUCGGGAGGCCGCCCACCCCCGGGCCUGGAGCCCUGCCACACGGCUGCCCAAGGGGCCCAACCAGACGGCUGAGGGAGCCACCGGGGAGGCCCCUCCCUGCAGGUGGCAGCACAGGUGGGCCACCGGGGCUGAGGUGGUGGCCGCCCCUCCCCAAGCCUGGUACAGCCUCCAGAUAGUGGCCCUGCCCCACCCCCCGUGGGGCUGCCACUGGGGCCACGUGGCCACGCAAAUGACCUGCCAGGCUUCCCUGGAGGCCCGGCCUCCCAGGGCUGGGCCGUCGCUUCCUGCCUGAGAGGCAUCUCUGGCCCCUCAAAUGUGGGUUCUCCACAAGCCGAGCAGCAGAGGCGGGGACCACCCUACGUCAGAGUCUGGUAGCUGAUUCUGCGCCCAAGUGGCCGAGCCCUGGGGAAGGAGGGCGCCCCAGGCCCUGUCCUUGGAGCUGAGUUCCUGUGCUCGGAGCUGCCCAAGGCCACCGGAGUCAGGGGAGUGGGCAAGACGGUCAGACUCGAAGUCCGCACAAGGGACCGUGAGAUGACUAAUGUCUCAGGGCUCCUGGGAACAGCCGGCGGCCCCCUGGUGUCAGCAACCUGGCCACAGCCCAGCCCCCUGCCGGCCAUGCCCACCGUGCCUGCCAUGCCCUUCGUGCCCACUGGGCCGCAGAUGGACCGCAUGGGGAACAGCUCCCAGGGCGCCUCCCGGCUCUUCCUCACCACCGCGUUGGCCCGCGGCAUCUCAGGGGUCUUCGUGUGGACUGCCCUGUUGCUCACCUGCCACCAGAUUUACCUGCACCUGCGGUCCUACACGGUCCCCAACGAGCAGCGCUACAUCAUCCGCCUACUCUUCAUCGUGCCCAUCUACGCCUUUGACUCCUGGCUCAGCCUCCUCCUCCUGGGGGGCCACCAGCACUACAUCUACUUCGACUCGGUGCGUGACUGCUAUGAAGCCUUUGUCAUCUACAGCUUCCUGAGCCUCUGCUUCCAGUACCUGGGGGGUGAGAGCGCCAUCAUGGCUGAGAUUCGGGGAAAGCCCAUCCGGUCCAGCUGCUUCUAUGGCACCUGCUGCCUCCAGGGCAUGUCCUACUCCAUCGGCUUCCUGCGCUUCUGCAAGCAGGCCACACUGCAGUUCUGCAUCGUGAAGCCCAUCAUGGCCUUGAUCACCAUCGUCCUGCAGGCAUUUGGCAAAUACCACGAUGGAGACUUCAACAUCCACAGCGGCUACCUCUACGUCACCCUCAUCUACAACGUCUCCGUCAGCCUGGCUCUCUACGCCCUGUUCCUCUUCUACUUCGCCACCAGGGAGCUCCUGCAGCCCUUUGAACCCGUCCUCAAAUUCCUCACCAUCAAGGCCGUCAUCUUCCUCUCCUUCUGGCAGGGGAUGCUGCUGGCCAUCCUGGAAAAGUGUGGGGUCAUCCCUGAGGUCCAGGUCAUCGAUGGGAGCAAGGUGGGGGCUGGCACGGUGGCUGCUGGCUACCAAAAUUUCAUCAUCUGCAUCGAGAUGCUGUUUGCCUCCAUUGCCCUGCGCUAUGCCUUCACCUGCCAGGUGUAUGCAGAGAAGAAAGAGAACUCACCAGCCCCCGAGGCACCCAUGCACAGCAUCUCCAGUGGCCUCAAGGAGACCAUGAGCCCACAGGACAUCGUGCAGGACGCCGUGCACAACUUCUCCCCUGCCUACCAGCACUACACCCAGCAGGCCACACAUGAGGCCCCAAGCCCCGGCACCCACUCCAGCGUGGCAGGAGGCUCUGGUGCCAUCAGAAAGAGUCGGAACGUGGAAAAGCGGAUGCUCAUCCCCUCGGAGGAACUGUAGAAGGGCCACGGAUCACCAGCCACCUGGCUGUGACCACCUGCCUAGGCCUCUGGGAAAGCACAGGGCUCCUCACCCACCAGCCCUCUUGCCAAAGCCCCUCCUGGGAGCCCUCCUGCCAGGCCUGUGGAGCCACCUCCCAGUCUGCCUCCCACCGGCAGGCCCUUGGCCCCAGGAGGGGACACCUGAGCUUAUCUGAUGAGCCUGGGACCCUCGGGGCUCCCCUGGCCAUCAGCUCAGGGGGCUGCUGUGAGAUGGGCACCAGCAGGCUCACACUGCAUGGAUGGAAUCCAGACCGGGCCCCUGCAGGGCAGGACGGUGUUGGGAGAGUGUGGCACGGCAGGCGCCAUAGGCAGCGGGGCCAGUGAGCUCAGCUGGGCCCUGCCGGGCCGCCGCAUACCCCCUCUGGCGGUGGAGAUUCUCAGAAAGCCCCCACCUCGAGGUGCCACCUGCACAGAACCUUUGCCCCGGGCAGCCCACGGAGCUUGUGGGGCUUCUAGGUGAAUCACACUUAUUUAUACAUAAACACCUGGGUUUUCUAGUGA